AUGGAAGCACUAAAGGCUGUUGGGUGGACAACUCCGACAGCAACCCCAUCUCUGGGUACCGGUCGGGUUGUCUUCACCGCCGGAAGCACUAUCGCGAUUGACGCACCUGCUAAAGAAGUAUUCAAUACCAUGGUCGAUUUUAGAACAUACAGCGAGUGGAACACUUGGACCCCCAGACUCACUUUCAUCGGCACUGAGGAUUCAGAAGUGGUAAAGCCAGGAGUCAACGGGAUUUUGGAGACUGUGACAUUUGGCGGCGAAGACAUCAUGAAUAUCCCAAUUGAGAUCCUGGCACUGGACUAUGGAGAGCAAGAAUAUAAGCUGGCCUGGAAGAGCAAUUACCUACCCUGGUGGGCUGCAACCAUUGAGCGGGUACAGAUCGUCACUGCACAAGGACCGCAUGCGUGUGAAGUCAAGAAUUGGGAGUUUAUGGGUGGCCUUGCUGCAUAUGGGAUGAAGCUCUCGUGGGUAUCGAAACAGCUUGAGACAGCCAAUGUGCGAUACCUUGAGGAGCUUGCGGCUUUUGUGAAAGGUGGUGUUACCAAGAAGGCAGCGACCGCGAAGGCUUAG